CUCCCCCCAUCUCAACUUGCUCUCUAAUUGCACCACUACUAUCUCUCUCUCUCUCCCUCUCUUCUUUCACUCCCCACCAUUUCAUUAUUAACUCAUCAAACACUUCCCCUACACACAACCCACCUCUUUACUUUCUCUCUUUCUCCCCAACUCAAUUCAUGCAACCCUACUUAACUUUCAGGGUUGCAAUGCUUUCCCUUCUUUCCAUUGUCGUCGUACUCGUCGUCCCUGCCAUUGCCACCGCCAUUCCCCAACAACAGCUCCACGAGAGCGAUCGAAUCACGUCUCUCCCUGGACAACCGUCGGUGACAUUCUUACAGUACUCCGGCUAUGUUACGGUUAAUCAACAACAUGGUAGAGCUCUCUUCUAUUGGUUGACCCAAGCUACGUCUCUUCCAGAGAAAAAGCCUCUUGUCCUAUGGCUAAAUGGAGGGCCAGGUUGUUCAUCAAUAGCAUAUGGAGCAUCAGAAGAAAUUGGGCCAUUCAGAAUCAACAAAACUGCUGCUUCUCUUUAUCUCAACAAACAUUCAUGGAACAAAGAUGCAAAUCUUCUGUUUCUGGAAUCGCCCGCCGGAGUUGGAUUCUCCUACACAAACACCACCUCCAACCUCGAAGACUCUGGUGACACCCGAACUGCUGAAGACGCUCUUAUUUUCCUCGUCCAAUGGAUGUCCAGAUUCCCACACUACAAAUACAGAGAAUUCUACAUUUCCGGGGAGAGUUACGCUGGACACUACGUUCCUCAACUGGCAAAGAAGAUUCUAGACUACAACAAAGCUCACUCUCAAUCCUUCAUCAACCUCAAAGGCUUCCUUGUGGGAAAUGCAGUGACAGAUACCAACUACGAUGCACUCGGAACGGUGACGUAUUGGUGGACCCAUGCCAUGAUCUCGGACACAACAUACAACUCCAUCCUCCAGCACUGCAAUUUCACCUCAAACAAGACUUCCCAACCGUGCGACGAAGCCGUUGGCUAUGCCAUGAACCAUGAGUUUGGUAAUGUGGAUCAGUACAGUAUCUAUACUCCCAAAUGCCCCACUAUGGUUCCAAACAACUCGGCCGCGGUGGUGGGGGCGUCCACUAUCAGGUUCAAAAAUUCGCUUCUUCAUCGGAGGGUGUCGGGGUAUGAUCCAUGUACUGAGAAUUAUGCAGAGAAAUAUUAUAAUCUUAAAGAGGUUCAGUUGGCAAUGCAUGCCAAUGUUACUGGAAUUCCCUACAAAUGGACUGCUUGCAGUGAUGUUCUUAUUAAGAACUGGAAGGAUUCCCAAGAAUCCAUGUUGCCCACAUACAAGGAGCUGAUUGCAGCUGGUCUAAGGAUAUGGGUUUUCAGCGGGGAUACAGAUUCAGUGGUUCCAGUGACAGCCACAAGAUUUGCCCUUAGCCAUCUUAACCUCCCCAUUAAAACUCGCUGGUAUCCAUGGUACUCCAGAAGACAGGUUGGUGGAUGGACAGAGGUUUAUGAAGGGCUAACCUUUGCCACAGUGAGAGGAGCAGGGCAUGAAGUUCCAUUGAUCCAACCACAGAGAGCUUUGACACUCUUCAGAUCGUUUCUAGCAGGAAAACAUCUGCCAAGAUCUUGAUUUAUUAUCUGCAAAGAAACAGACCAAUGAACACAGAACAAGAAACUGGUCAUUUGUCUCGUUUCUAGAUAUUGGUCAUAAAUUUCCAACAAUUCCAGUACACAACAGUGCUGAGAUUUAGGGAACUAGAAUGGUAUUCAUUCCACAAUUUAUAUUGGAUACACCAUGUCAAUGUUAUUGCCCAUUUCAAGUUCCAGAUGAAAAGGUUGAACAAAGAUUAUUUUACUAACAUCUAAAAGUUUUAAGCUCUUUUUUUUUCAA